ACAUAGCAAAUCUAGCUUGCAAACUCUGCUAUUUAAAGUUAAUUUCUGGCCUACAUUGAUAUAUUUAGCAAUUGCUUUUGGUUUAUUAUUCAGUUAUCCUAAUAUACAAAAGCCCAUGUGCGCACUUCUCUCUCUCUCUGUCUGCAAAAUAUUUUCACACACUAUGAUUGAUAUCAGUAUCUUCAGCGACAUAUGGAAAACUUGAUACGGACUUUUGUUAAAAAUAAUAUGAGGCAUCUAUCUAUUAUAUGGAGAACUAAACUAAGAAUGGCAUUGAGUAACACGGAGAAAGAGAUGGAGUGUGUCAGCCACUGGUUUAGGUCAUGGACCACAUACCAGAAGGAAGAUUUUCUCAAAGAUCUACUCAACAGACUUGUUCCCAAUUAUUUAGAUUCCCUUUUCUCCUCAAUGGGUGCCCUGAAGGUUAAGGACAAACCUCCUAGCAUCUUUGAAUGCCAGCUCAAGCUAUUUGACCAGUGGUUCUCCCAAUGGACAGAUGCGGACCGCAGCAACUUCAUCAUACAGCUUCAGUGUAUAGACCCAGAUUUUGUAGCCCACUUCAAUUCUCUCUACAUCACACACACUGGCUCAUGACUUUUCUCAGUCACAUGACUUCCAUUCUCUCUACUGCAGUCACAUGACUUCCAUUCUCUCUACUUCAGUCACAUGACUUCCAUUCUCUCUACUUCAGUCACAUGACUUCCAUUCUCUCUACUUCAGUCACAUGACUUCCAUUCUCUCUACUUCAGUCACAUGACUUCCUUUCUCUCUACUUCACUCUGGUUCAUUUCAUGACUGGGUUGGUGAGUGUGUGUGUGUAUCCACUGUGUAGGUGUGUGUAUCCACUGUGUAGGUGUGUGUAUCCACUGUAUAUGUGUGUAUCCACUGUGUAGGUGUGUGUAUCCACUGUGUAGGUGUGUAUAUCCAUUCACCAUAUGAAGGCAGAAUGACAGGAAUAAAGAAUUAUUUUU